UUUCUUUAUUCUACAAAACAAAACAAAGAAAUAAAAGUUUGAUCAGUCCAUUGUGCCUGAUCUAUAAUUAUACAUCAGCAUAGCAACACUUUUUUUUCCUUAAGGGAGAAGCCUAAAAAAAAAUGAAUAAACAGCCACAAUUUAUUGUUGUUAAUACAGGGAAAAAGAAAAGGGCAGUUAUGCCUACACUAUCAUCAACUAGUAGUAAUCAAUUAUCUGAAGAACAAGAUAAUUGGCCUCCUUCAUUAAAAGAAUACGUUGCUCAUGCUUUUGAAAACUGUUUGCCUAAUAAUAAAAAAAAACUGGAAAAGCAACUAAAGAUGAUUAUUCAACAAGCAGAAAAAACAAAUAUGCUCAAUGUUAUUGAUUGGAAUGAACGCGAUUUGCCUUUAGCGUGUAUUGAUAUUAAAAAUCCUAAUUCAAGUCAACUCUUUCAUAAAAAGGCAGCCACAACCAUUGUUUCAAAAAUGGGUAAUAUCGAGUUAACACCUGCAGAAGAGAAGAAGAGACAGUUAAGAGCUAUGCGUUUUCAAGCAACUAAAAUGGGGUCACCUACACCUAUGGAUAUAGAUAAUGAAUUAACGCCCUCUAUGAAUGAUGUGAUUGUUGGCACAAGUAACGCCUUAGAAAAACCUUAUUUUAGACUGACCUCAGCAGUAGAUCCUACGAUAGUUCGCCCGUUAAAAGUAUUAAAAAAAGCAUUUAAAAUGCUUCGAAGAAAAUGGAAAGAGGAAAGUAAUUAUUCAUAUAUUUGUGAACAAUUUAAAUCAAUGAGACAAGAUUUAACUGUACAGAGAAUUCAAAACGAAUUUACAGUCAGAGUUUAUGAAACACAUGCUAGAAUAGCUUUGGAGAAAGGAGAUAUUGGAGAAUAUAAUCAAUGUCAAACACAAUUAAAAUAUCUAUAUAAAAAGGAUAUUCCUGGUUGUGAAGAUGAAUUCUUGGCUUAUCGUAUUCUAUAUUUAAUAUUUUCACAAAAUCAAUCAGAAAUAAACGCCAUGUUGGAAGAGAUGUGUGAUAUUGGAUUAAAUAAUCAUGCUGACUGUAUUCAACAUGCAUUAUUAGUGAGAUCAUGUUUAGCUAAAGGAGAUUAUCACAAGUUUUUUAGAUUAUAUGAAGACGCGCCUAAUAUGAGUGGUUACUUGAUGGAUCAAUUCGUUGAAAGAAUAAGAAUCGAUGCUCUUAUUGUUAUGUGUAAAGCUUAUAAAAUGGGUCUUCCAUUCUCUUUUAUUUCAAAGGAAUUAUCAUUUGACAGUAUUAAGUUAUUAUUCAAGUUCUUUAAGGAACAUGGUAUUCAUAUUCAAAAUAAGAAUAUACUGGAUACCAAAUCUGCUUUACCUAUUUUACUAGCGCAGAGUAAAAAUUACAAUAAAAUUGAUAUUAAGGGUCAAAUUUAAACACUACUCUAUCCUGAUAUACCAACAGACUACAAUGCAUUUAAUUUUCAUUUCUUCAUUAAAACAGUCACAAUAAAAGAAACAGCGAGGUUAUCUAUUCCUUUUUUUUUUUUAUAUUCUUUUUUUCCUUUUCUACCCCUUUUUUUUU